AUGUAUUCUAACGAUCCAUUAGAGAAUACUUUCACGGCUCCUGAAAGAAACAUUUUCAGUACUGAUGACCGAGCCGAUGAGUACGCUAGACUAGUGGAUGCCAGUAAGGAAACCAUGCAUGUUGACAAGGAAGAAGAUGUUGAAUUUGAACUAAAAGUAGAUCGAUGCCUAUCAAACAGUGUCGAUCCACACCAUCUUGCAUCGGACAGCUGGGGUUCGGAAAAAGUACCGAAAGUUGAACUAAAACAACUUCCAACUGGACUCAAAUACGCCUUCCUCUAUGAUAACUCAUACUCUGUCGUAGUCAACGCUAACUUAACUAGCGGAGAAUUAACUUUAUUGCUAAAUAAGUUGUGCAAGUAUCGCAAAGCUAUUGGGUAUACUCUCGAUGACAUUCCAGGAAUCUCACCCGAUUUAUGUAUGCGUAGGAUACACCUGGAAGACGAGUCAAAGUCAUCUAUUGAGCAUCAAAGGAAGACAGAAUCCAAAUCUGAAAGAGGUGGUGAAGAAAGAGAUAAUAAAGCUUUUGGAUGCAGGAAUUAUCUAUCCAAUUUCAGACAGCAACUGGGUCAGUCCGGAUUUUUCCAGAUUCCUAUCCAUCCGGACGACCAAGAAAAGAUCACAUUCACUUGUCCAUAUGGUACUUUCGCAUGCCGCAGGAUGCCCUUUGGGCUUUGUAAUGCUCCUGGUACCUUCCAGAUAUGUAUGAUGUCUAUCUUCACAUAUAUGAUCGAGGAUUUCAUGGAAGUCUUUAUGAAUGAUUUCUCGGUGUAUGGAUCCGAUUUUACAUCAUGCCUUAACAACUUGUGCAAAGUAUUAGCAAGAUUUGAGGAGAAGAAUCUUGUCCUGAAUUGGGAGAAAUGCCACAUUAUGGUCAAUGAUGGAAUUGUACUAGGGCACAAAGUUUCAGCAGCCGGUAUAGAAGUAGAUCGAGCAAAAAUCAAAAUAAUGACCAGUCUACCGACACCCACCAACGUGAAAGACGUGCGGAGUUUUCUUGGGCACGCUGGUUUCUACAGAAGAUUCAUAAAAGACUUUAGCAAAAUAGCUAGACCUCUAACAAUCCUCAUGUGCAAAGAAGUAAAAUUCGACUUCACCCCUGAAUGUUUCAAAGCUUUUGAGAGAUCAAGUCAGCUUUAG